GCUCGGAGCGCAAAGGCGCCGGCUCCCGCAGACAGAGCUGAGCAAGCCCCGAGAGCCCAGCGGCGCGCACUGCCUGCAGUCGCGUCGGCGAUGCGGGGCCGCCCCGCGCCCGCUCCAGUCCCGGCCCCGGCGCCCGCGGGAAGGGGUUGAGCCGCUCGCCGCCCGGAUGGGGAGCCUCGGCGCGCUCGCCCUCUGCCUGCUCCGGCUUCUGCUCCUGGGGCUGCAGCGACCGCCGCUGCCCGGUGCCCGAGCGCAGAGCGCCGCAGGUGGCUGUUCUUUUGAUGAACACUACAGCAAUUGUGGGUAUAGUGUGGCUCUGGGAACCAAUGGCUUUACUUGGGAGCAGAUUAACACGUGGGAGAAGCCAAUGCUGGACCCUGCUGUGCCCACAGGAUCUUUCAUGAUGGUGAACAGCUCUGGAAGGGCCUCAGGCCAGAAAGCCCAUCUUCUUCUGCCAACCCUGAAGGAGAAUGACACCCACUGCAUUGACUUCCAUUACUACUUCUCCAGCCGAGAUCGCUCCAGCCCAGGAGCCUUGAAUGUCUACGUGAAGGUGAAUGGUGGUCCCCAAGGGAACCCUGUCUGGAACGUGUCUGGGGUUGUCACCGAGGGCUGGGUGAAGGCAGAGCUUGCCAUCAGCACCUUCUGGCCUCAUUUCUACCAGGUGAUAUUUGAAUCCGUCUCUUUGAAGGGUCAUCCUGGUUACAUCGCCGUGGACGAAGUCCGGGUCCUUGCUCAUCCAUGCAGGAAAGCACCUCAUUUCCUGCGACUCCAAAAUGUUGAGGUGAACGUCGGGCAGAAUGCCACAUUUCAGUGCAUUGCUGGUGGAAAGUGGUCCCAGCAUGACAAACUUUGGCUUCAGCAAUGGAAUGGCAGAGACACGGCCCUCAUGGUCACUCGUGUGGUCAACCACAGACGCUUUUCGGCCACAGUCAGUGUGGCAGACACCUCUCAACGCAGUGUCUCCAAGUAUCGCUGUGUAAUCCGCUCAGAUGGUGGGUCUGGUGUAUCCAACUAUGCAGAGCUGAUUGUGAAAGAGCCUCCCACGCCCAUCGCUCCUCCAGAACUGCUGGCUGUCGGGGCCACCUACCUGUGGAUUAAGCCAAAUGCCAACUCCAUUAUUGGAGAUGGCCCCAUCAUUCUGAAGGAAGUAGAAUACCGCACUACCACAGGUACCUGGGCCGAGACCCACAUCGUGGACUCCCCCAACUACAAGCUCUGGCAUCUGGACCCUGAUGUGGAGUAUGAGAUCCGGGUGCUGCUCACACGACCAGGCGAGGGGGGCACAGGACCACCAGGGCCUCCCCUUACCACCAGGACCAAGUGUGCCGAUCCUGUGCAUGGCCCUCAGAAUGUGGAGAUUGUGGACAUUCGUGCCAGGCAGCUGACCCUGCAGUGGGAGCCCUUUGGCUACGCAGUGACCCGCUGCCACAGCUACAACCUCACAGUGCAGUACCAGUACGUGUUCAACCAGCAGCAGUAUGAGGCUGAGGAGGUGAUCCAGACCUCUUCCCACUAUACUCUGCGGGGUCUACGGCCCUUCAUGACCAUCAGACUGCGGCUACUGCUGUCCAACCCUGAGGGCCGGAUGGAGAGUGAGGAGUUGGUGGUACAGACCGAGGAGGACGUUCCAGGAGCUGUUCCUCUUGAGUCCAUCCAAGGCGGGCCCUUUGAAGAAAAGAUCUACAUCCAGUGGAAACCUCCCAAUGAGACCAAUGGGGUCAUCACACUCUAUGAGAUUAACUACAAGGCUGUUGGCUCACUGGAUCCAAGUGCUGAUCUGUCCAGCCAGAGGGGGAAAGUGUUCAAACUCCGGAAUGAAACCCACCACCUCUUUGUGGGUCUGUACCCAGGGACCACCUACUCCUUCACCAUCAAGGCCAGCACAGCCAAGGGCUUCGGACCACCUGUCACCACUAGGAUUGCCACCAAGAUCUCAGCUCCAUCAAUGCCUGAAUACGAUGCAGAUACACCACUCAAUGAAACGGACACGACCAUCACAGUGAUGCUCAAACCUGCUCAGUCUCGGGGAGCCCCUGUCAGUGUUUACCAGCUAGUUGUUAAGGAGGAGCGUCUUCAGAAGUCCCGGAGAGCAGCUGACAUCAUCGAGUGUUUCUCUGUACCCGUGAGCUACCGAAAUGCUUCCAACCUUGAUUCUCUCCACUACUUUGCUGCUGAGCUGAAGCCCUCCAACCUGCCUGUCACCCAGCCAUUUACAGUGGGAGACAACAAGACUUACAAUGGCUACUGGAACCCUCCCCUCUCCCCGUUGAAGAGCUACAGCAUCUACUUCCAGGCACUCAGCAAAGCAAACGGAGAAACAAAAAUCAACUGUGUGCGUCUGGCUACAAAAGCACCAAUGGGCAGCGCCCAGGUGACCCCGGGGACUCCACUCUGCCUCCUCACCACAGGUGCUUCCAGCCAGAAUUCUAACACUGUGGAGCCAGAGAAGCAGGUAGACAACACAGUGAAGAUGGCAGGUGUGAUCGCUGGCCUCCUCAUGUUCAUCAUUAUUCUUCUGGGUGUGAUGCUGACCAUCAAAAGGAGAAGAAAUGCUUAUUCCUACUCCUAUUACUUGAAGCUGGCUAAGAAGCAGAAGGAGACACAGAGUGGAGCCCAAAGGGAGAUGGGCCCAGUGGCCUCAACUGACAAGCCUGCCACCAAGCUCAGCACCACCCGCAAUGAUGAAGGCUUCUCCUCCAGUUCUCAGGAUGUUAAUGGAUUCACAGAUGGCAGCCGUGGAGAGCUAUCCCAGCCCACCCUCACCAUUCAGACUCACCCCUACCGGACCUGUGACCCUGUAGAGAUGAGCUACCCCCGGGACCAGUUCCAGCCUGCCAUCCGGGUGGCAGACCUACUCCAGCACAUCACCCAGAUGAAGCGAGGCCAGGGCUACGGGUUCAAGGAGGAAUACGAGGCCUUACCAGAGGGACAGACAGCUUCGUGGGAUACAGCCAAGGAAGAUGAAAACCGCAAUAAGAAUCGAUAUGGGAACAUCAUAUCCUAUGACCACUCCCGGGUGAGGCUUUUGGUGCUGGAUGGAGACCCCCACUCUGACUACAUCAAUGCCAACUACAUUGAUGGGUACCACCGACCCCGGCACUACAUUGCAACCCAAGGUCCAAUGCAAGAGACUGUGAAGGACUUUUGGAGAAUGAUCUGGCAAGAAAACUCCGCUAGCAUCGUCAUGGUCACAAACCUUGUGGAAGUGGGCAGGCACCCAGCGGAACACACUGUGGGAAAUGCCACGCUAGGCCGUGCGUCGUCCCCCGGAAUGGUAAAGUGUGUACGGUACUGGCCAGAUGACACAGAGGUCUAUGGAGAUAUUAAAGUCACCCUAAUUGAAACAGAGCCUCUAGCAGAAUAUGUCAUCCGCACCUUCACAGUCCAGAAGAAAGGCUACCACGAGAUCCGAGAACUCCGUCUCUUCCACUUCACCAGCUGGCCUGACCAUGGUGUUCCCUGCUAUGCCACUGGCCUUUUGGGCUUCGUCCGCCAGGUCAAGUUCCUCAAUCCCCCAGAAGCCGGGCCCAUAGUGGUCCACUGCAGUGCUGGAGCCGGGAGGACUGGCUGCUUCAUUGCCAUUGACACCAUGCUCGACAUGGCUGAGAAUGAAGGGGUAGUGGACAUCUUCAACUGCGUGCGUGAGCUGCGGGCACAAAGGGUCAACCUGGUGCAGACUGAGGAGCAGUAUGUGUUUGUGCACGAUGCCAUCCUGGAAGCAUGCCUUUGCGGCAACACCGCCAUCCCUGUGUGUGAGUUCCGCUCUCUCUACUACAACAUCAGCAGGCUGGACCCCCAGACUAACUCCAGCCAGAUCAAAGAUGAAUUUCAGACACUCAACAUCGUGACACCUCGCGUGCGGCCUGAGGACUGCAGUAUUGGACUCUUACCCCGGAACCAUGAUAAGAAUCGGAGCAUGGACGUCCUGCCUCUGGACCGCUGCCUGCCCUUCCUCAUCUCAGUAGAUGGAGAAUCCAGCAAUUAUAUCAACGCAGCACUGAUGGAUAGCCACAAGCAGCCUGCAGCCUUUGUGGUCACCCAGCACCCUCUCCCCAACACUGUGGCAGACUUCUGGAGGCUGGUGUUCGAUUACAAUUGUUCCUCUGUGGUGAUGCUGAAUGAAAUGGAUACUGCUCAGCUCUGUAUGCAGUACUGGCCUGAGAAGACCUCCGGGUGUUAUGGUCCCAUCCAGGUGGAGUUUGUCUCUGCAGACAUCGAUGAGGACAUCAUCCACAGAAUCUUCCGGAUCUGUAACAUGGCUCGGCCACAGGAUGGUUAUCGUAUUGUCCAGCACCUCCAGUACAUAGGCUGGCCUGCAUACCGGGACACACCCCCUUCCAAGCGCUCUCUGCUCAAAGUGGUCCGAAGGCUGGAGAAGUGGCAGGAACAGUAUGAUGGGAGAGAGGGGCGCACCGUAGUCCACUGCCUAAAUGGAGGAGGCCGCAGUGGAACCUUCUGUGCUAUCUGCAGUGUGUGUGAGAUGAUCCAGCAGCAGAAUAUCAUUGACGUGUUCCACAUUGUGAAAACACUACGGAACAACAAGUCCAACAUGGUGGAGACACUGGAACAGUAUAAAUUUGUAUAUGAGGUGGCACUGGAAUAUUUAAGCUCCUUUUAGCCCAAUUGGAUGGGGAACCUGCCAGAGUCCCGAAGCUGUUGCAGCUGACCUUUUUUUUCUGUGACUGACAAUGACUGGUUUCAGGAGCUUGGAAGUGGCACACCUGCCCAACUCCAAGAAGAAGACUGGUGGUCUCAUGCUCUGCAGUGGGCUCUGCAGCUUCUGGCGGGUCUUCUGUAGCUGUGGGAGAUGCUACUCUGAUGGGGCCCAAGCGUCCCCUCUACACCUGACAAUAACUGGUCUACAGAAGUCUACCCACAAGCAAGGCCCUAGACUUCCAAUCCCCAGACCUCUUGCUUUUGUUCUUUCUGAGUUUGUUAACCUCAUGGCAAGCUGACUGUGCAGGUGCUGGGGUAUAGGGAGCUGGCCAGCCCUUCUUUUCCUGUCCUUAGCAGUACUUGGGGUACACGUUCUUCUCCAUGCUUUCUUGCAAAAGAUUGUAGUUUGGGGGAUCACUGGGUUAUUGGUUUCUACAAUCUCCUAUAGGGGCCUCUGCCAUGAAACACAUGCCAGUCUGGAAAAGUGUGACUUCUGGAUACCCCGCCCUAGACCACAGAUGGAGUCCUCCUAACCUGUGCUGGGCCCAACUCAUGAUGACCAUCUCAAGCCAGGACUUGACACUCUAUAUUCUCCUGGUCAACCAGCUUUCUGCACAUCACACCUUGGCAAAGGUUUCCUUUGCUUUUCCAUUGUCUAUAGGGGAAGAGGAGUCAUAGGAAAUGUUGCAGUACCUUUUUUCUUUGUAGAAAAAGCCACUGUCCUGGGCAGGGCUCUGGCUGGCCUAUAUAGUAUAACCCUGUGUUUUCUAGGUGCCACUUUCUAUGGGAAAGACAAACAAGAAAAGCUUUGAUUGUCUCCCAAGUACAUGUGAAAAGAAACUCUUACGAAAAUAUAAAAUCCCAUAUUCUUUUAUGUCAAAAAAAGAAAGAAAAGAAAAAGGGUAGGAUGGUAGUUUGAAUGUGUGGCUAUAAGAUAAAUUUCUUGAGCUUAUUAUAUUUCCUGACUAUACCCUUGAAAAGUCCCAUUGAUAACAAAGACUUUGAACAAAUGAGGUGGUGUCCUUGGGAUUGGUCCCUUGUUGGGAGGAAAAUAUAGCAAUUGCUUUAUAAUUUGUCUCUCCAAAUCUGAACUCUUUCCUAAAGAAAUCCAGCUGCCAUUUUAAAAAUGGCUACUGUGGCCCCAAGUUGGUUUAUAACACAUUAGUUUAGGAUUGGGGCUCUGAGUCUUGCCCAAGGCAUGAAUAAAUCAAGAAAAGGGAGACAUUUGUGAGACACCUCCUGCAAGCAAAGUGCCAUGCUUAAAUCUCCCAUAUGACAUCUCCUGUAGUCCACAGCACCCCUAGCUGAUGGAAUUCUGGAUUCAAAAAGGCAGGUAAUGGCAAUGAAACCUCCCUGCCAUUUUCUUCAUGCUUUCUCAGCCACGUAAUUAUUUUAUGGAAGAAAAACAAGGCUAGGAACUUCUGAGCAGAGAGAGAGCUCCGUGGGUAGAAACUUUAAUUCUUUCUUUGCAAUAUCAGUUCUUCUUGGUAGCCCAAACUUUCAGAAAUAUUUUAUUAACUCAUUCGCAGUUCCCCAGGAAAGCUAGUCUUAUCUAAUUUCUUCAUUGCUAAGAAACAAUUCUUGUGUUCCCUCGGGCUACAAGAGAGCCAGCCUGGGAAUCUCUCUACCCUAGACUGAGCCACAAUAUUUGACAGCCUUAAUAGCCAGGGGUCUAGGAAGGUCUAUCUAGCUGCAAAGUAUGAGGGACACAGAAUCCAAUAAGGUACAUGUCUUGCCCUUCAGGCCCACUGUAUACUAGGGAAGCUGAGCCACAUUGUAAUAGUGGAACAUACAAGCGUCCAAUGAGCCUAGACAUGAGAGUAACUCACUCUGCCUUGAGCUUCCUAGGCAACAUCCAUUCCAGCUGGGUCUCAGCAGAUAGAAAAGAAAAAGGAAAUUCCAGUCAAGGGCCUUAACGUGCACAAUGGUAAAGAGAAGGGAGAAAGUAUCAGGAGGGACAGAUGGUGGGAGGUCAGCCCAGCAAGAAUGGAGUAGGACAGGGAUAAUAGCAGGAAGGUAGCCGGAGCCAGGGAGGAAAUAGAAAGGGCAUAGUCAUUGCUCUGCAGGCAACAAGAAGCUGGCAAAGCUCAACAGUGAUGCACUCAGCUUAGUAUUGUAGAAGGCUCCUUCUGCACCAGUAGUACAGCCUCUUUUCCUUUCAUCAGACACUGUGAAAACAUCUCCCUCAGUGUGUGCUUUUAAUAUGUUACUGUGUGUGUGUGUGUGUGUGUGUGUGUGUGUGUGUUCAUUAUUUUGUUUCUGGAAUAAAUAUGGAGUGGAUCAUGAAACUCAGCUCUUGUGUAAAACCCUGGGUCUCCACUCUGCUGUGGAGCAGGGUCAACAACUCUGGCCUCUAAGCCUAUGAGGACAGGACAUGAAAGGAAAGCAGGGAGCCAGCUUCCAUCGGCAUGAGCCCAGGAGCUGUAUAGAAGUCCAAGAACACCAGACUUGAUCAAGGGAGGCUGUCACUUUGGAGGUUCAAAAGAAAACAUCUCAAAGCAAAGGCAAGCAAAAGAAUCCAAUGAUUUAUUCUUCUCCUUUGAUGGGCCUCUUACCAAGUAGAUUGGAUUACAUUCCCAGGCCCCAACUCGUCCUUUUGGCUUCGAAUGGCUCUUGUCUCCUAUCCCAAAUGGACUUCCCUAUAAACUGUGUGAGUCUGUAGCAUAGACAAUCAGCAUGUUGCAUGCUAUGUCCUCAGAUCUUGGCCAGUUCCUACAGGGAGAGGGUAGGAAGGGGACUAUUCAAUAGAAAUCCUAGGAUUCGUUCUGCUGAGGAAGGGGUGAAAGAGAUGACAGAUAAAGAUGACAGUGGUCUCUAACAUUUCAAAGGAUGGGAAUUUGA